AUGUCACCGCUAGUCAAUGCACUUCUCUGCCGCUGGCAUCGACAUCUGGGCCUUGCCCGACAUUCCCCCUCAUGGUACCGAGACCGGCUACGCGAAGAGCUGCGGGAGCGCCGCCAGGCAGAGACAUACCUUCAGAGGCUCAGCGAGACCUCUGACGUCUUGUACGCCAUCAGCCGAGGCCAUCAUGACGGUUUCCCCGUGAGGAACCUGCCCCCAUUUUCCCUCUCUCGCCAAGGCCUCGCCUAUGCCUACUUUCUUGGGAAAUACACCUCCCGGUGGAAGUUCUACCGCGUCGCCGCACGCCUCUGUCACAUCCCCGACUACCGCUCGGUCCGCGAGGUUGUGAAUCCUGCAAGAGAUUCCAAGAUCCUUGAGGUGGCUUCCCGCCACGGUAUCGACGGCGCCCAGUUCCUGGCUGUUUGUCGUCGCCUGCGCCGCAGGUGGCCGCUGCUUCCGUAA